AAUGCACACUUUGUAAUCCAUAAUCUAACAAAAGGUUUUGCAAUAAAUAAAUAAGCAAAAAACAGAACCUUUAGAAUCCAUCUAUAUUACUUAUGUAAAUUGAAUUAUAAAGUUUAGUCUUCAGCCACCAAGAUUAAAUUGUCUUUAGAGGAUGCAGCUUAAGUUAGAAAAGUUAUGCAAGUAAUUCCUAUUUUAAGUAGGGCAUUCAAAGUGUUCAUUUACAGAAAUAGUAAUCAGAAGCAUUGAUUUCUAGCAACAAAGGGCCUGUUCUCAAUGUUGAUAACAAUAAUGCUAUGAAUUAAGUUAAGAAUGAGGAUAAUAAAUAGAGUCCUUAGAAAGGUAGAUUUUUAGUAAGAAAUGAAUAUGGCAGCAAAUUGUAAUCUGAGAAUAAAAUCAAUCAUUCAUCAGUUGCUCCAAAUAAAUACCAUAAAAAUUAGUUAUCCUUUGGGGAAUGUGGAAAAAAGAUUAAAGCAGAGGAUAUUUGGAAAAGGAGAAAGGAUUAUGAUUAGAAAGUUAGAUAAUUUCAUUUACCAAAAAUAAAAGAAUAUAAUAGAUUUCAAAAUAAUAGCUUAUAAAAAUAACAAUCUGGAUAGCACACUGCAGAAAUUUAAUUCUCAGAUAUCUUUAAAGAAGAUAUUGAUGAUGAUUUGUUGUAGGAAUAUAAUGAGAAGUAAUUUAAAUUAGAUUAACUAGAUAUUAUAAAAAAUAACUCUUUCUUUGGAACAAAAAAUAAAGAUAAUUUGAUAUUGUUAACGAUGAUUUAUUUGAUUGA